AAUUCGCUAGUGUCGGGUGGCAUUUCGCCGGGGCAUUCAUAUGUGAGAAAAGGACAGUAAUAUUUCUAUGGAAGCCGACUAAGUUUGACAGCAUCAGAAAAAUAAUUCUUGCUCGCGAAUAUCAUAUAGCAGUGAAAUAAAUAUUAAAAAACAAAAUUUGCAUCCAAAAUAACAAUAUAACUGCGAAAACGUGCAGCAACCAGAAAUUUGUAAGCGAAAAUAUAUCGUGCCAGGGUCACAGCGCCGGUCAAGAAUUGCCUUGUUGUGGAUAUUUGGAUAAAAGCACGCCGUUCUAGAGCCUUCUUCCUGCUAAACGGAUAAUAACACUGCCACAGAACCAGCAUGUCUCAUACAAUACUUUUGGUGCAGCCUGCUUCUCGACCUGAGACGCGCACCUACAGCGACUACGAGAGUGUAAAUGAAUGCAUGGAGGGUGUUUGCAAAAUCUACGAAGAACACCUGAAAAGGCGCAAUCCCAACACACCUACAAUUACAUACGAUAUCAGUCAAUUAUUCGACUUUGUUGAUCAGUUGGCGGAUAUCAGUUGCCUCGUUUAUCAAAAGUCGACAAAUACUUAUGCACCCUAUAAUAAGGAGUGGAUCAAGGAAAAAAUAUACGUGCUGCUGCGGCAAGCGGCAGGCAAUUCAAAUUGAUGUGGUAAACGAACUGCUUGAGAGCUGUUAGCAACAUAUAAUCGCAAUACGGAUGAAAAUGAAUAGGUUUUAUAAUAAAAUCUAUUACAAUUACGAGUAAAUUAAUACGAUAUGUAAUUGAUUUUUAUUUGAACUAUUGUAAACACGUAAAAUACGUUUGUCAUAGCUUCUCCAAUCAAUCGAAGCUUUAAAAUCAUUGCAACAGAUAACGCUACUCGAAAAGCAAUGUAGAAAAAAACCAGUCAUUUAAUUUCAUCUUCAAAACUUACAGUAAACACUAUUGACAAGAACACUUUUUUGUAUUUUUGCUACAACAUUGAAUUAAAUAUUUAUGUAAUCAUUUAUAAAGAAAUAAUAUUUACUUUUCCCAUGCAGCCUACUGCAGCAACGGAUUAGCUGUUUCAGAAACUGAACGAAGUAUUUGAAACUCUAAUUUGUGGCCACCAACACUUUAAUUAAACUUAGGGAUAAGAUGCUAGUAAUAAGAAUUUCUUGAAGUUUGUGUUUGAAGUAAAUGCCAGUUCCGCAUAGAUUUUGUAAACUGCCAAUGCAAAUGCAGUUACUUUUGUAAAUGGAAGCGAAUGGACGUGUACACAUUAAACAAUAAAUGUUAGAAAAUCAAAA